GUGUGUGUAAUGGUUGAAAGGUUGUAGAGGUAACAUGAAAUAAAAUCAUAAUCUAGAACUUAUUUUCUUAAAAAGCAAUUUUGUAUGUUUUUUAAAAUUUCAAAAAGUAGUGAAUUAUUGGUUACUGUCCAAUUUUAACUUCUUUGGGUACUAUCAAGUUAUCAUUGGAAAAUUGUAGCUUGCGUUGUUGCGCUCCAUUUUGAUUCUUUUGUUGGUUCUUCAGUUUUCACGUUUGUACUUUUGCAGGUUCGGACUUAGCAGCUCUUCUUCCUCUCGAAGAUGGCUGAUACAAAAUUAUAUGAUGUUUUAGGUGUUAGUAGAAGUGCAUCAGAGACGGAAUUGAAGAAGGCUUACCGCAACCUAGCCAAAGAAUUUCACCCUGACAAAAAUCCGUAUGCUGGUGAUAAAUUCAAGGAAAUUUCAUUUGCCUAUGAAGUGCUUUCUGAUCCAGAAAAACGAUCAAUAUAUGAUAGACAUGGAAUUAGAGGAAUUCAAGAAGGUGUACCAGAUUUUGGUGGAGAAGGAUUAUUAUUUUCACAGUUCUUUUCUGGCGGUUUAUUUGGCAUGGGCAGUCGAAUGUUCAAUCAGAAAGGCGAAAAUACUUUUCAUUCUCUAAAAGUAACACUUGAGGAUUUAUAUAAUGGAAAUAAGACAUCAGUGCUACAGCUCAGUAAAAAGGUGCUGUGCUCCACUUGCAGUGGGAAAGGAUCGAAGUCUGGUCAGACAUAUUCGUGUCGGUCCUGUAAGGGUUAUGGUGUAAAAAUGACAUUUCGACAUCUUCACCCGUCAAUGGCGCAACAGGUUCAAACUCAGUGCACAGAUUGUGUUGGAAUGGGAUAUGUAAUUCUUGAAGAAGACCUCUGCCCUGGAUGCCGCGGCAAAAAGGUUCUGAAUGAAACAAAAAUCCUGAAUGUGAAAGUUGACAAGGGCAUGUGUGAUGGCCAAAAGAUUUACUUCAGAGGCGAAGGACAUCAGCAGCCUGACAUGAUUCCGGGUGAUGUAAUUCUAGUUUUGAAACUGAAACCACAUGAAAGAUUCCAAAGAUCGGACAAUGAUCUGUACAUGACUCAGAAAAUCACCUUCACCGACGCUCUGUGUGGCUUCACUCUGGUUGUGAAACACCUUGACGGACGAGACCUACUCAUCAAUCAUCCAGCCGGCAAAAUCAUCAAACCUGGUGAUAUUAAAGGAAUACGAGGGGAGGGCAUGCCUGUAUAUAGAAAUGCAUUCGAAAGAGGAAACCUGUAUAUCAAAUUUGAUGUUGAGUUCCCAGCGAAUCAUUCGAUCAGCGAAGAAAAUUUAAAGAUUUUGGAAAGUGUUCUGCCCGCUCGGCCGACUGCUGUGAUACCUCCCGCCGAAUUGCUGGAAGAGGUCGACCUGUACGACUACGAUCCAAACGACAGGAGCAACCAGCCUCCUGAGAACGACGAUGACGACGAGGCAACAUUUGAAGAGAUGCACGCCGGAGCCAUUCCUCCCUGUGCCUACCAAUAAACUAGCUAUAGGACAUUCACUUUCAACUGUCAGCAUUUUUUAUAAACUCAUAAUGUGUAGCAUCACCACUUCCCAUACAAUCAAAGCUGUCAGUUCGAAGUAAAUCUCACUAUAGGAUAGUUAUUGGUUUCAAAAACCCAAACGAGUGAUCGUAAUAUAAAAUUCGAAUUUUAUAUUACUAUUAUAGAUUUAUGUUGUGACUUGUAAAUAAUGUUUUGGUACUUUGGACAACAGUUUGGUGGGUUACAGACUAAUGUAAAGUUGAAUCAUAUAAUGUGAACACAAUAGUACGUAAAUUAAUUUAGACAGCUGAAAGCAUUCGAACUCAAAACUCAUUGAUAUUUAUUUACACUUCAUAUUAUUCUUGAAUAUUUUAAAACAAUGGUACUGUAAUCACAAUCUUCUUAUCGUGUUAAUUACUGUAAUAUUUGGAAAAAUAUCGAUGUCAGUCUAAAAAUAAAUGGCUUCUGCAACUUCAAUUUUUUUAGUUUCUAUCAUAAAUACGUAAAUUCAUUUAGGCAGCUGAAAACAUUUUAACUAAAAACCUCAUUGAUAUUCAUUUACACUUUAUUAUUAUUCUUGAAUAUUUUAAAACAAUAGUACUGUAAUCACAAUCUUCUUAUCUUGUUAAUUACUGUAAUAUCCAUUUUGGCAGCUGAAAACAUUUCAACUCAAAACCUCAUUGAUAUUCAUUUACACUUCAUAUUAUUCUUGAAUAUUUCAAAACAAUAGUACUGUAAUCACAAUCUUCUUAUCGUGUUAAUUACUGUAAUAUUUGGAAAAAUAUCGAUGUCAGUCUGAAAAUAAAUGGCUUCUGCAACUUCA